CACUCUGUUCUGAAUUCUCUUUCUCAAUCUUCUCCACUGUUUCCAAGUUCAAUUCUUUUUAUCUCUCCCAACUUUCUUCUUCUGUUUCCCUUUCUGGGUUUUGUUUUCUCUUUGCUUUCUUUUCCACUGACGUUCACAAAUGGUUACACAAAAGUGUUGCCAUAGAUUCUUCAAGUUCCGUGUACUGUUUCUCAUAACCACUUCCACUUGUGAAUGGUCCCUGUGAAUGGCCUAAACUGACCCUUACCAAAAGCCACAAGUAUCUUAUGCGCCUUCAAAUUUUUUGACACACGAAGGGCAGUGACAGGAACAUGUCGGUUUCAUAGGAAGAUUAUUAUCAGUUUAUUCCCUUCUUCUCACCUGUCUUAUCUUGUCAAAUCUUGCAGCUCCACUCCCUCUCUCUAUCUCUCUCUGCACUUUUCUGUUUUCAAAACGAACGAGCAAACUUAAUCAAAUGGUUGCUAAGGACUAUGAUCCCUUGACAUGCGCGGUUGGUGUGAAAAUGGGUAGGAUAAUGCAGUGUGUUGAUCACUCGAGGCUUUUUUGGCUGUUUUUUGGGGUCUUCUCCCACGUUUACCACGAGGGGAAACCUCGGAUUUAGGAUUCUGCAAGUACCUUGGAGAAUAGAACGAACCGCUUUUUUGUUCUUUGCUUUUCAACUUUCUUUGCACUGAAGUUGUUGUCUGCAGACAAUAGCUUUCGAAGUUUUGGUGAUUUUUAGUUUAGUUACUUAGUUGGAGUGUAUAGUUAAGAAUUCUACAUGUAUUCCAAUAAAGGGUAUAGAGAUGAUCGCAAAGCUGAGCCUCGUUACAUUGAAACCGACCCAAAUGGUAGAUAUGCUCGGAUUUAUAAGCAGUGAUGUCAUGGACGUUAUGCUGUAAAACUAUGUGGUGUUGACUGAAAUCAUCAUUUCAACAGUUGGAGAUAUUUUAGGAAAAGGGGCAAUGAAGACAGUGUAUAAAGCAAUUGAUGAGGUUCUUGGAACAGAGGUUGCAUGGAGUCAGGUCAAACUGAAUGAUGCAUUUCGAAAACCAGAGGACUUGGAGAGGCUUUAUUUAGAGGUUCAUCUCCUCAGCACCCUCAAGCACCAAUCCAUCAUGAGAUUCUACACCUCUUGGAUUGAUGUCAACAAUAAGACCUUCAACUUCAUCACAGAAAUGUUUACUUCAGGGACUCUAAGAGAAUACCGGAAGAAAUAUAAGCACAUAGGUCUGAGAGCAAUAAAGAGUUGGGCUCGGCAAAUCUUACAGGGUCUUGUUUAUCUGCAUGAACAUGAUCCUCCAGUAAUUCAUAGGGACCUCAAAUGUGACAAUAUAUUUGUCAAUGGCCAUCUUGGACAAGUGAAAAUUGGUGACCUGGGUCUAGCAGCAAUUCUCCAUGGUUCCCAACCAGCUCACAGUGUUAUAGGCACUCCCGAGUUCAUGGCACCAGAAUUGUAUGAGGAAGAAUACAAUGAACUAGUUGAUGUGUACUCAUUUGGCAUGUGUGUUUUGGAAAUGCUUACAUCUGAUUAUCCAUACAGUGAAUGUACUAACCCUGCACAGAUAUACAAAAAAGUAACAUCAGGGAAGCUACCAGCAGCGUUUUUCAGGAUUGAAGACACAGAAGCACAAAAGUUUAUUGGCAAAUGUCUAAUAGCUGCAGCAGAGAGACCAUCUGCAAAAGAAUUGUUGCAUGAUCCAUUUCUUUUGUCUAAUGAUGAAUCAUCCAUGGCAAAGAUUAGAAUUCAGAAGCCGUUUCUAAAUUACAGCGAAAUGGAAAAACUUCAACUGAGUGAUGAUUUACCAAUGACUAAAAUGUCAAUAACUGGGAAGCUGAAUUCACAAGAUGACACUAUCUUUCUCAAAGUGAAAAUUUCUGAGAAGGAUGGUUCCUGUAGGAAUGUAUACUUUCCCUUUGACAUUUACACAGACACCCCUGUUGAUGUUGCAAUAGAGAUGGUGAAAGAGUUGGAAAUCACAGAUUUGGAGCCAUCUGAUAUUGCACGUAUGAUUGAAGGAGAGAUAUCUGUGCUGCUGCCGAAAUGGAGGAAUAGUAACUGUCCAGAGAGCUGCCAUACAUACAGUUAUAAUGAUGACAAGGACAAUGAAGAUCCUCAGCAUCAUUUCCACUCUAUUUCUUCUUGCUCAUCAUCCCUAGAAUCAAUACUAGGCUCAGUCAACAGAGUGGAUGACUUAUUGAAUGGAUAUCAUUGGCUCAAUGGUGAUAUAGUUGAUGAUGGAAGUUCAAUAUGCUCUUCACAUGGGAUAUGUUCGAACUCAAACAACAUGUGUUCAAUGGAUGAGGAGGAGGAACAUCAUAAGGGUUCUAGAAGAAAAGAUAAAGACCUCAUCAUAAAGAGUCACAUGUGUACUAGAUUUUACCCUAAUGAAGACCACAAAAUUCUGGCAGGACCACAAACACCUUCUACUGGCAAAAGUAACAGGAUGAUAGACAAUCGCAGACUAACUAGGAACAAGUCAUUAAUUGAUACGAGAAGCCAGCUACUGCACAGAUCACUGGUUGAAGAGAUAAACAAAAGAAGAUUCAAGACAGUUGGAGCUGUGGAAAAUAUUGGAUUUGUGACACCUUAUCAGGUUACAAACAAAAUUUCAAAUCCAGCAUGUGCUGCUUUCGAUGUGAACUCUUCAAGUACGAAGGGAAAAAACUUGAGAGAAAAAAAAAUUUGAAAGUGACUCUGUCUUCAGCUUUCAAAUCAAAUACGAAAAUAUGGAUAAAUUCUGUGUCAUGGAUAAGAGCAAAUGAUAUAGAGUCUGUUGGAAUGUAUGUUUCAUGGCUACAAACAUCCACAAAAUAUGGUAAUUUCAAGAAGUUAAAUUA